GCAACAUUGGCGCCAAGACACGUAUUUACCUCAUUGGCCAGGGUUCACAAACCAUUAAAAGUGUUUCAAAAGCGGCUUAUACCCAUUUAAUUUCAGUUUCUAGAAGAAUGUUUAGCAAUCGCGUUUAUUAAAAAAAAAAAAAAAAAAAAAAUCUAUGUACGUUAGUAUUAUUACAUAAAACAAGCGUCAAUUGCUUGUGCACAUCAUUUAGGAUGUGUGUAAAACUACAUCAUGUCUAACGUUGGCUUUUCUCGGAUAUCUGAAAGCUAAUCAGCUUGCACUGUUAGUCAGUUCAUUUAGUUUAAGAGUCUGCUUUGUCCAGACAUUUGAUUGGAGGUCGUGUGGUCGCUCGCUUCAUCGUUUUCUCCCGGUCAGUCCCGUGACCUUCACAGGCAGAAACUGCAACACGCCCCCUGCUGGCUGAGUUCAACCCACAGGAAGACGGAAGCAGACACCGAACGCUUGCAAACUCAUCGCUUGAAUCACCGAGGAGGCUAGAAGGGCAUGAGCCAAGAGUUUAGGACUAUGACUUCUGUGGCUAGUUCAUAAACCGUCAGUGUAUUACCUCUUUACGUACUGUAAAGAUCACAUUAACGUUUGACGCCUCAUAUAUUAUAUUCAUCCAUAAAGACGGGAACAGAAUGGCAUCGAUUUUGCUCACCAGGUCUCGGACACCUUUGCUGAUAACAUCUCGGUCAUUAAAGCACGAAUUCAGAAAAGGAAAGUUAUCAGAAAGCGCAUGCUUUAACUGCACUGCACUGCGGUUAGCCACAAACAGCAGUCCUGGUGUUCUUGCAGGCACCAUCUGGCCUCUUGCAUCAUCUGCCCUGUACCUUGACAGUUCAUCAGCGCCUCAGCGCCGCUUGUCCUCUUCACCUCGCAUGUACUGUGCCAUCUUAGUACGUGACCCUGUUCACACCCACUCCACAUACCUCAGGACGCUAGCCUGGCCACAGAACACCCCGGUCAGGUGGGUACAUACUACAGGCCCCCUCCAUGAUGAUUCAAAGGUAGAGCGUUCUUUACGUUCACUGAAGGAUCGGAAUAAAAAGCUUGAGGAGGGUGGACCGGUGUACAGCCCAACGGUAGAUGCAGAACCUGUGCGACGGACAAUAAGCCAACGUGUGAUUGACGAGGUGAAGCACUACUAUCACGGGUUCCGUCUAUUGUGGAUUGAUACGGCUAUCGCCGUUCGGAUGCUCUGGAGGGUGCUGAAUGGGCACAUUCUGUCACGCAGAGAGAGGAGACAGUUCCUGAGGACGUGUGCAGAUGUCUUCCGGCUUCUGCCCUUUCUGGUCUUUAUCAUCGUUCCAUUUAUGGAGUUUCUGCUUCCUGUUGCACUGAAACUAUUCCCUAAUAUGUUGCCGUCCACCUUUGAGACACAGUCCAAAAAGGACGAAAGACUAAAGAAGGAGCUGAGAGUGAAGUUAGAGAUGGCCAAGUUCUUGCAGGACACAAUCGAGGAGAUCGCACUAAGAAACAAAGCAGCCAAAGGCAACGUGACCGAGGAGUUCUCCACUUUCUUUCAGACGAUCCGAGACUCUGGAGAGAGACCCAGUAAUGAGCAGAUCAUACGUUUCUCUAAGCUGUUUGAGGAUGAACUGACCUUGGAUAAUCUGACACGACCGCAACUGGUGGCUCUGUGCAAGCUGCUGGAGCUGCAGUCCAUCGGCACCAACAAUUUCUUGCGCUUUCAGCUCAUCAUGAAACUCCGAGCCAUCCGUGCAGAUGACAAGCUGAUAGCAGAGGAAGGAGUGAACAGUCUGAAUGUGACCGAGCUGCAGGCAGCAUGUCGUGUGAGAGGGAUGAGAGCCCUGGGUGUGACCGAGGAGAGACUGAAAGAACAGCUUCAACAGUGGUUGGAGCUGCACCUCAAUCAGCACAUCCCCACAUCUCUGCUGCUGCUGUCCCGAGCUAUGUUCUUGCCAGACACGCUGUCCCCUACAGACCAGCUUAAAACCACACUACAGAACCUGCCAGAGAUUGUGACUAAAGAGGCACAGAUGAAGGUGGCAGAACUGGACUUCUCUAAAGUGGAUAACAAAACCAAGCUGGAGGCCACGCUACAGGAAGAGGCAGCUAUCCGACAGGAAAACAGAGAGCGGGAGCAGGAGAGACUGGCUGAUGCUGCAGAGAAAGAAAAGGAACAGGCUGCACGGGAGGCUGAGGUGGUGGAGAUGGAAGCAGAGCGACGUGUGGAUGCAGAACAUGCUCUCUCCAGUGUAGACGUGGCCAUCCAUUCAGAAACACUACAGGAUACUGCACCAGUGCUGGAGGGAAGUAAGGGAGAGGAGAUCACUAAGGAAGAGAUUGACAUGCUGAGUGACGCCUGCACCAAACUGAAGGAGCAGAAGAAUCUCCUCACCAAAGAGAAAGAGGAGCUUGAGGACCUGAAGGAUGAUGUGCAGGAGUACAGUGAGGACCUGGAGGAGAUCAAGCGUGAGCUGUCCAAAACAGGACAGGAGAAAGUGGUCAAGGAGUCUAAAGCAAGUCAGCGUCUGUCGAAGCGGGUCAACCGCAUGAUUGGUAGGAUGCAUAAGAUCAUCAAUGAGCUGGAGAAGGACAAGGUGGUGCUAGACGGAGAGGUGGACAGCGGGACCACACCACCAAUUGGAUUGUUCUUUGAGAAACAUAGUGACUUGCCAAGUCUGUGCCUGUCCUACAGGGAGAAUCUGAUCAGCAUCAACGAGCUCAUCGGAGUCAUGAAGCAGAUCCAGAACAUCCCUGAACACAAGCUGCUCAGCAUCGCAGACGCACUCGACGAAAACAAAGAUGGCAAGAUAGACAUUGAUGACGUCUUAAAGGUGGUAGAGCUGAUCGAUAAGGAGGACAUCGAUAUCUCCACCAACCAGGUGACAGAGAUCAUGGUGAUGCUGCAGAAAGAGGAGAAGCUGGUGGAGAAGGAGAAAGCCAAGGAGAAGGUCGAGAAGGAGCAGGCAGCUAAAAUUCAAAACUAGACCUUCCUUGUAGGGAAUGGAAAAGAUCCUGAAGCUUUUAAAGCUUUUCAGGUUUAUUAAUAUGUGUUAAGAAGCUUCAGAGUGAGACUGAAAACAGUGCUGAUGUCCCAUAUGGAUUUAUGUGUGUGUGAGAUAUAUAUAUAUAUAUAUAUAUAUAUAUAACAAACUAUGCUUUGUUCAAAUAAGACUGUAGUAUAAUGAAUGAAUGAAGAUGUUUACUUAUUAAUAACAUUACAAAAAUAAUGCACUAUGGAGCCCCACACAUGACAUACAGAAAAAAAAAUAGAAAUUAAAAAUUUGUUCCCUUGUUUUAGGUAAAUAAUGCCCACAGUUUAACUAAAUUAAAAGGAGGGGACGAGUAGUACAACAUGGCCAAAAUUUAACUAAGGGAACAAAGAAGUUGUGUAAAUGAAUUCUUAAUUCAUGGCCAUCAUAUCUUUUAUUUGUCCAGUUCGAGGCUCCAUAAAUUCAGAGAUACAUUUUGAAAGAAUAUUUGUUCAUGUAUUCUCAAAAAGACCCUCUUAAAGGUGUCAUUUCUGGCACAAAGCGAACUGUUUGUUUGAGCGGCCUUGUUGAGCUGGACAUAAUAACAUCAGUGCAACCAAUAGCACGAGUUUGGGGUGGAAGUAUCCUUGUGUCACAGAAAUUGCACACUUCAUCUGUAAGAUGCAAAAAUUUAUUAAUGGAAAACGAAUACUUUAUUAUUAAGUGAUGUCAUUUCCUGUGAUCUGAGGACAUCUCCUGUCUUUGCACAUCACAUCACCUGUCACCAUCAUUCCACUGCUCAUCCAGUUUUAUUCUGUUGUAUUUUUAUUUAUUUUAAUUUUUUUUUAGUUCACAAUCUUCAUGAGAUUCUUGAAUGUGGCUCAGAUGAUGUUGAUAUCACACUCAUGUUUAUUCAAUAACCAAAGAAGCUGAUGUUAUGCUUGUAUAUACACAUCCAAGCCACCAAGCACUGCGGCUUUUGUCACACAGCAAAUGUAGUAGUAUUGGGACGUAGUAUUGGGACGAAUCCCUUCAGCACUUGAGCUUUAUUCAGGGCGGUGGUGGCUGAGACGCAUUCAGUUUUUGAUGUGUUUUUUAUUUAGCUUUUAUCUUGGAUUGAUUUCAGCAUCACAUUUACAUUGUGGCCUUAGUAAUCAAAUUCUCUUGUCCAAUGUAAGCUCAAGGGAUGAAAUUGAGAUAAUAUAGCUAUAUUAAUAUUAUCAGUUCAUCAAUGCUAGUAUUUGCGUUGUACACUAGCAGUACAUUUCUGUGCAGUGGGCAUUUCUGUUAGCUAGCUUGGGUUAAAAAUAGAUAAAAUGUGUUUGUGAAUGUUUGUAUGUGUGAAAGAGUUCUGCUGGCUACCUGAAAGGGAAUAGAUGGAGGUCAGUGCAGACAGAAUCAGGGUACGGCUCAGCCAUACAGACAUUAUGUGACCAGGAUGAGCCCUCACUCCUUACAUGGAGAGAGCAGCAGCAGUUGUUCUCAGACUCAGAUGCUCACUGGUAGCGUGAGUCUGGUAGCAUAGUUUCACAGGGCACAUAAGGCAGGGAAAGCAUCAUCUGAACCCUAAACAUGUCAUAGCGAGGGACCAGCAUGUUUAAUCUCAAAACACUGUUUCUUUGCUGUGUCUCAGACAGAGUCUGGGAGCCUACUUCACAUCGUGUCCCUUAAAAAGAUAGUUCACCCAAAAAUGAAAAUUCUGGAAUUAUUUGUUUACCCACCCUCCAGGUUGUUCCUAACCUGUAUGAUUUUUAUUUAUUUAUUUUAUUACAUACAACACAAAAUGAGAUGUUUAGCAGAAUGUUCACACUACAUUUUUCCAUACAACAGAAAAAAAAUAAAAAAUGUUUAUAAGCAUGUGAGUGUAAGUUAAUUAUGACAGAAUUUUCAUUUUGGGGUGGACUGUCCGUAACUUAGCUAGGGGACCCUUAAAUUGCAGUAAAAACAUUUAGGCCUUAUAUAUUUUAAUGAAUAAGUAUUGCUAUACAGUAUGAUAGAAAAAGUUAAUCUCUGUGUGUUUAUAUUGCACUAUAAUUAUUAAGAGCUUCAUUUUUUUUUCCCCAUUUUUGGCUUGUCGAUCUAGACUCAGGAAGUUGCAUGUAAUGUCUGUGUUUGCACACCGAAAAAUAUUUUGAGGAAAUGCAAACUUUAAUUUUUUUUUAAAGUUUUUCAUGAAACGAAGUGUGAAUAUUGUAGAAAGGUGUAAAGUUACCUUGCUUAUUGUGUUUUAUUUUGCGAAUAUUUUUAUUAUUUUAUUUUAUUUUUAAAUUGAGUUCUCAGAUUAAUUUCUAAAAGAUGUGCAUGUGCACAUAUAAGUGACCACAGAUGGAAGGGAGUAAAGACAUGAUGUAAUUGCCCUUGGAAACUAAUUUACAAAUUUAAAUGAAUGUGAUUUAUUGUUUUCCCGUUUUAAGGUCUGUGUCUUUUGUGGUAUUUUCUUGACUAACCUAUAUUUUAGAAGGUUCAAAACCUAAAUACUGUUAUGCUAGUUAACUUGUAGACUGAAUAAUGGGUGAAAAUGAGAGUGAUAUGUGCAAAAAAUGUUAUUGAAAACCAAUAUGACUUAAAAUAGGAAUUUUAUUUUAUUGUUCAUACUACCUAACAUAAAAGUGGUUCCAAAGUCAAAUAAAAUGAACUGAUCUUUAAGUUGUAUACAAUUUUUUUUUCUUUAUUUUUUUGACUCAAAUCCAUGUGCAUCUUCAUGUUUCAUAUAUAUUUUUGUCUUACUUUUUUAGCAUUUAAUUACUUUAAUACCUUUUCACCCCCAUUGCAUUAUUCACCUGUCACUGACAGCAUGAUAUCAGAUCCAACCUGUCUUCUCUGUAGUAGUGAUCAAAUUUCAAGUGUAACUUCAAAUUGAUAUGGUUAUAUAAUAUUAAUUCAAGUGUAAGUGUGGUCUGCUUACACUAGUACACAGAGAUCACAGAUUUACAGUUAAAUUUUUCUUUUUUAAUUACAAUAAACUGUCAGAAAUCCAGCUUGAACAGCUUCUGCUAAAGUGAAAAUAAGACUGAGACAAUAGUGAGAGGAGAGUCUUCUGAGGUUUUAAAGCACACUUAAACUGAACUAGACUAGUGAGAUUAAAUGGCACAGAAGUCCAGUUAGACUGCACUGUGCUGUGCUUCUGUAUUUUUAGGAGAUAUUUUUAAGAAAGAAAAGAUAUGUUUGAAGAUAAAAUUUCAAAUUUGAGUUCUACUGCUAUGCGUGCACAGUUCCCUGUCUUUCUGAUUAAGAAAUUGAGAGUGCCUUGUUGCAUUUGAGGCCGCAGAAAGAUAUUUGGAGCACUUUAUUAUUAUUAUUAUUAUUACCAUUUUGAAAAAGGCUUGUUUUUGACCUUAUCUUAUAAUGCAACAGAACGUUUCACCUGGUUUGUUUCAUAACUUGACUGUUAUGGAUUUUGUCUAACAUUUAAAUGUAAUAUUUAUAGAUUCAAGUCUUGGAGUGUGAUAAAACAUUAAGGUUGUUCAUAAUAAUUUAGUAUGAGUAAAAAAAUUGCUAAAUUUGCCAGACCACUUGGUGGCGCUAUAGUCUUACAAUAAGUAACCACAGCCAUCAACAUCAACAUGUCCCUGUUUGUAACACUGCAAUGCAAGACGUUAUCAAUUAAAUCAAACCCAGUUUGGUGCAUCAGUUGAAUACUAAUGUUAUUCAUGUUCUCACACCAGUUCAGAAUACCAUGUGCAUUCAUAUGAAUAGAUCA